AUGAAGGAUCAUGGAAGGAAGGAGUACAUGAAGGUAGUGGUAGGUAUUCGUGGAAUAGUGGGAAUGCAUAUUGGGAGUUGGAAAGGUGGGAAAAUGUGUGGUAGAGGGAUCAUGAAAUGGGAAAAUGGUGAUCUUUUCAAUGGCUUUUGGUUGAAUGGGUUAAGAGAUGGGUCUGGAGUUUAUAGGUUUGCAGAUGGGGGAUAUUAUUUUGGAACAUGGAGUCGGGGCUUAAAGGAUGGAAAAGGAACCUUUUAUCCUGUGGGAACUAAGCAUCCUUCCUUAAAGAAGUGGUGCAGCUCUCUAGAUUAUUGCAAUGACGGAACAAGUUUGUCUGGGUUACUAAAUUCAGAGGAAAGCAGGGCUCAACCAAGUGUUAAGCGCAGUUUUUCAGAGAAAUUAUCUUUUAGUGGACUUUUAAGAAAUUCAAGUCGUAUAUCACACAAGGCUAUGUCAUUAGAUAAAAAUUGGACCCAUUGCGAUCCUUCUCAAGAGUUUAUACGUUACGAUUCCUUAUGCGCAUUGUCCCAUGCCUCUGACGAAGGUCAACCUGAGGCACAGGAUAACAGUUCAGUUUACGAGAGAGAAUACAUGCAAGGGGUGUUGAUUAAAGAGAGAGCUAGUAAUCAUACAGAGAUAUCACGGAAAAGUAAACAACGAAAUAAAAUUGCAGUGAUGCAAGAAAAGAGGUCAUGUAUUGACAUUUUUGGAGCCCAUAGUAGGAGCUAUUAUUUAAUGCUUAAUUUGCAACUUGGUAUCAGGUACACUGUUGGGAAGAUCACACCAGUUCCUGUACGUGAAGUUCGAUCUUCUGAUUUUGGAGAUCGAGCUAGAAUAAGGAUGUAUUUUCCUAGAAAGGGUUCUCAGUUUACACCUCCGCAUUAUUCAGUUGAUUUCUAUUGGAAAGAUUAUUGCCCUAUGGUCUUCAGGAAUUUAAGGGAAAUGUUCAAAUUAGAUGCAGCAGAAUACAUGAUGUCCAUUUGUGGUGAUGAUGGCUUAAGAGAGCUUUCUUCUCCAGGAAAAAGUGGCAGUAUCUUCUAUCUUUCUCAUGAUGAUAGAUUUGUGAUUAAGACUUUAAGAAAAACUGAACUGAAGGUUUGA